AGUAGCAAAAAGAGACAAGUGACUGGAGGUAAAGGAGGAGAAGAGAAAAAACAUGCAACAACUCUAACAAAAACAGAUAAAAAGCACGGGGUGUGGAGGAGGCAGGAAGUCUGAGAAAGGAAAGAUACUGUAAGUGGGAAAGGGGAGAGAACAUAAAGUCUGGAGAAAGUAGGGAAAGAGAGAGAAAAAAACAGAAUGGAAAGAGAGAAGUGCUGGAGGAGGAGGGGGACAAAACGGGGGAGUUGUCCCACUCAAACGGACAGAGAUCGUAAAACGCCCUCCUCCACAGCUGUUAACAUCACAGUCACACACACAUUCGCACACACUUACAUGACAUUGCUCACAUGCUAGUAGUCUGCUAACUCAAGAAUCCACUCUUACUUUGUUCUGUCUGUGGGCUGUGCUUACACACACACACACACACACUCACACACACACAAAACACAGAGGAAACAGGGAGGGCAGCAAUGGGCUGGGAGCAUGGAGACUCCUAUUGACUUCUACAGGCACUUCUCCUGGCUCAAAAAGGUAAACCUGUGUGUUCCAGCCAACAAUGAAACCUACCAAGAACGACUGCUCCGCCUAGAAGGAGACAAGGAGUCUCUGGUGCUACAGGUGAGCAUUCUGACCGACCAGGUGGAGGCCCAGGGAGAGAAGAUCAGAGACUUACAGAGUUCUCUGGAGGAACACCGGCAGAAACUAGCCUCUACAGAGGAGAUGCUACAACAGGAGCUGAUGAGCAGGACCUCUCUGGAGACUCAGAAGCUGGAUCUGAUGGACGAGGUGUCCUACCUUAAACUGAAGCUGGUCAGCAUGGAAGAGCCACACACCAACCCACACCCACAAAAUCCCGUGAACACACAGCAGAACAAAGCCGAGUGUGUGGUAAAUCUCAUCAGUGAGCUUCAGGAGCAGAUGUGCAGGUUUCAAGAGGAGAUAAGCACUCGUAUCCAGGAAAAACGGGCUCUGGAGGAAAGGGAGGCCCAGCAGGGGGAGCCCGGAGGCAGCCAAACCCCGGGCCACGGCCCUCAGGUUGGGUUAGCCAGCUCAGACCUGGGCCCAUCUGGCUCUGACGCCCGGCUGCACAAUGGAGGACAGACUGUACAUGAUUUGUUACAAGAAAUGAAGCAUCUGAAGAGCAAAGUGGAGGAGCUGGAGGGAGAGAAGGGCCAGUAUGAGAGGAAACUAAGAGCCACCAAGGUAGAAAUAUCAGAGCUGCAGCAGCUCCUAGCCUCCAAAGACACUGAGAUCGAAUGCCUGCAGACCCAGCUGCUGGCCAGAGGCGGCACAGCCAAUGACAACACAGAGAGAGACCAUGAAUACCAGAGGCUGAAGGUGGGGAUGGAGUCUUUGUUAGCUUCAAAUGAUGAAAAGGAUCGGCGUAUAGAGGAGCUGACAAUUCUGCUUGGUCAGUACAGAAAGAUGAGGGAAGCAAUGGCACUCACACAGGGGAGUAGUGAAGAGGAACUGAGUGGCAGUUUAAGACUCAAAGCUAUCACGCACAAAGCACAAACUGAUAUUGUCAGGUCAGAGAUGUCAUCAAGAGGGUCUUCUCCACUUAUGCUACUUGCAUCUCCUUACCAGAGAGAAUUGGACUUUAGUAUCCACAACUCUAUGGACACAUCACUGGUGUCCACUGGGGAUACAAGCUUCUUUAAUGGAUCAUGGCAUCAGCACAGGUUGUUGUCCAGCAGUCUUGAAGAGUUGCAGAGUGGAUCCUUACAAAAGGCUGUAGAGAUCCAGCCAAUUGAAACUGAAUCAGACACAAGGGCAGAGAAUUCUCACAUGGAGCUGAGCAAGUACCAGACUUUGCCGGGGAAACUAAAAAGUAAAAAGAGCGAGCCGAUGGUCGAGCUUAAUGGCCACAGACAGAGAGAUGGAGAGAGUUUAUCUCCUGUCCAGCUCUCUCCUGUCUACAGCCGCGACCAGGACUACACUCUCAGGCAUCCAGAGAAGCUAGAGGAGUGUGUUCUGUCAGACCAGUCCCCCCUGUCAUCUGGAGUGGACUCUGGACAGCAGUCCCCUGUCUCACCAGAGAACAGGAAGAGUCAAAGAGGCAUUAAGAAACUCUGGGGAAAGAUCCGUCGCAGCCAGUCAGGCAGUCCUGCCCAGGUUCACUACCCUGAGCUGGGAGAGUUCAAGAGGGGAGGUUUCAGAGCUACAGCUGGACCAAGAUUGGCCUGUUCAGGAACCACACGAGACCUGAAGAUGCCUUUUUGUAAGUGGAGCACGGAGCAGGUGUGUGACUGGCUUGAGGAAAUUGGACUUGGUCAGUACAGCAUUCUCGCUUGCCAAUGGGUCACCAGUGGUGAGACUCUACUGUCGGCCACCCAGCAAGACCUAGAGAAGGAGCUGGCGAUGAAGAAUCCACUCCACAGGAAGAAGCUCCUAUUAGCCAUCAAGAUGUUCAGCAGCAAGCAGUCUGAGAAGUCUGCAGAGCUGGAUUACAUCUGGGUCACUCGUUGGCUUGAUGACAUUGGACUUCCUCAAUACAAAGACCAAUUUAAUGAAGGAAGAGUGGAUGGGCAGAUGCUGAAAUACCUCACUGUGAAUGACCUGUUAUUUCUUAAAGUGAGCAGCCAGCUGCAUCACCUCAGCAUCAAGUGCGCCAUUCAUGUUCUCCAUGUCAACAAGUUUAACUCCAACUGCCUCAAACGCAGGCCCGGCAAUGAGAACCUCUUCAGUCCCAGUGAGGUGGUCCAGUGGUCCAACCACCGAGUCAUGGAGUGGCUGAGAUCUGUGGAUCUGGCAGAGUAUGCACCAAACCUGAGGGGCAGCGGAGUGCACGGAGGGCUGGUAAUGCUGGAACCUCGGUUUAACUCAGACACGCUUGCCAUGCUGCUGAACAUCCCUACUCAGAAAACACUGCUGAGACGCCACCUAACCACCAACUUCAACAACCUGGUGGGAGCACAAGCUCAUCAGGAGAAGAAGGAGUACACUGAAGCCGUGGGGUACACCCCACUCAGCAUCACAGCUAAAGUCAAGCCGAAGAAGUUGGGCUUCUCUAACUUGACUCACCUCAGGAGGAGGCGGACGGAUGAAUCCACAGACUACGUCUGUCCAAUCGAGUCAUCCUCACCUCAGUCAGGAGGACAGUCUGCAGUGAAUGGGGUGCAGGUGCAGCCCUACGCCGGCUUCAGAGGCCUGAGCCCAAUCCUGGACAGAGAGCCUGACCGCCCCAGGGACCAGAUGGCGAUCACAGAGGGUACAAUGUUGCAAAUAGAAGCUCUGUCUGAAAGCAUCAACAACCUCACAUACCUGCUCAGCCGAGACGAGCCGCGGAAGGAGCUGAGGCACUCUCAGACGGCGCUAGUUUGAAGGACAAUGACCCGACACUGUUGCCGCACUAUGUCAAUCAACCAUAAAGACUUGUAGCAACCAAUCUGACACCUGUACUGUAUCUCAAGCCCCAGCCUAACACUGCAGCAUGGAGCUACUUCUACUAGCCGCUGAUACCUCAUGUAACACCUACAGUCACCCUGAAGUCACAAUGAAGUGGACUUACACAAUGUGGAAAACAAUCAUCAGAUGUUGCUUCCAAAAAUAUAUAUAUUUUAUUUUUCACAAUAAUUAACUGAACUUUAGUCACAAGCCCUGUAGAGUAUCUCUUUUUUUACUGCUUUUGCUUUUUUUGUUUCUCUUAAAUGCUCACAUCAACUGUGUACUGUGUAUACUGUAAUGGUAUGCUAUGUCAAAGAGAACAGAGCCACAUUAGUCAUUUCUUGUUCUAAUGGCCAUCAUAUGAUAUGCAAAGUAUAAUAUAUUUUUGAUGGAGUCUGUGAUGUAAGAGUGCCCAAGACUGUAA